AUGAGAGAAAUUGUACACAUUCAAUUAGGACAAUGUGGAAAUAAUAUUGGGACGAAAUUUUGGGAAGUUGUUUCGGACGAACACGGACUGACACGUGAUGGAAUUUUUCAAGGAGAAUCAGACCUUCAACUACAACGCAUAAAUGUGUACUUUACUGAAGGACGUGAUUACAAAUUUAUACCCAGAGCCAUUUUAGUCGAUCUCGAUCCAGGUACUAUAAGUGCCACGUUAUCCAGUCAAUACGGUAGACUAUUUAAUCCGGAUAAUUUUGUAGCGGGUGAAGCUGGAACUAGUAAUAAUUGGGCUAAAGGUUAUUACACCGAAGGUGCUGAGUUAGCUGAUACAGCCUUAGAUCUUGUUCGAAAAGAGGCUGAAUCUUGCGAUCUGAUGCAAGGAAUUCAAUUAGUUCAUUCUCUUGGUGGUGGCACCGGUGGUGGCAUGGGUUCUCUUUUAUUACAAAAAUUAAAAGAAGAAUACAUAGAUAGAAUAUUAAAAUCUUACAUCAUAUUACCAACUCCAAAAAUGUCUAACAUUGUUGUGGAAUCCUACAAUGCCGUUUUAUCUCUUUACCAUCUCAUAGAUCAUAAUGACGAAACCUUUUGCAUGGACAACGAGGCCCUACAUUACAUUUGUACCGAGACCUUGAAACUCGCCUCUCCUACGUACAGUGAUCUAAAUUAUUUGAUAUCCAAUUGCAUGGCUGGCAUCACAACUUGUUUCAGAUUUCCUGGACAACUGAAUACCGAUCUAAGAAAACUUCUAGUAAACAUGGUACCUUAUCCAAAAUUACACUUUUUUGUGCCAGGUUAUGUGCCUCUCAUGUCAAAAAGACUGGCUCCUUACAAAAUACUCUCGGUACCUGAAUUGACUAAACAAAUGUUUGAUGAAAAAACAAUGUUUGCUCGUUGUAAUCCAAAGAAUGGUAGAUUUUUAACAAUCGCUGCAAUUUUUAGAGGUAGAAUGUCAACCAGGCAUGUGGAACAGCAAAUGAUGAACAUUCAAAAUAAAAACAGUUCUUAUUUCGUCGAAUGGAUACCGAAUAAUAUAAAGACAGCGAUCUGUGAUAUUCCACCACGUGGACUUAGCAUGAGUGCCACAAUGGUGAUGAACACCACAGCUAUUCAAGAAUGUUUUAAAAAAAUACUAAAUAUUUUCAGCGGAAUGUUUGAAAAAAGGGCUUAUCUUCAUUGGUACACUAACGAGGGAAUGGAAUUGAAUCAGUUUUCAGAAGCAAAGAACAACGUUAAUGAUAUCGUUUCAGAGUAUCAGCAAUAUCAAGAAACUCCUACUGAAACGAGCUUCGAAGAGGAGGAAAUAAUUUAUCGUGAAGGAGAUCAAGAAACAGUAGAUUGAGAAU